GUCGAAAAGAUUCAUGAUUCGAGCUGCCGUAGCGUAGUUCGACUCGGGAUAUUUGGAAACGGCUAUGCUUGUGCGUGCGCGCACACCUAAAACCUAACCCUGUGGCUUGUGGCAGUCAGGUAAGGUGCCAGCGCCUGGUAAGGUCAGGUACCUAGUCCACAGAUAACGGUUUCCUUGUCCCCGACAACGGCAGACCGGCAGGCGGCUGUUCGUGAUCAGUGCGCUCCUCAACUGCCGUCUGCCCUGCUGCUGAAUACCUGAGGUGUACAUCACGACUACGAGAGUACACGUCGCGCCGAGCACCCUCUACUCGGCGGCUAGUCUCACGUCCAAAUCUUCCGACGUCCUAGGCGACCGUCGACACAAUAAUCCAGCGAGCAAAGCAGAGCGUUGCACCGCAUCGCCCUCCUCGCCUUGCAGCAUUGCACAGUUUCCACCCUCCCCUGCCGUAAGAAAGCAGAAACGCAGAAGCAGAACGCAGGCGAACACGAACACGCACCACCGCAGCCACGUAGCGUCAAGCGGCCCCUAGUCGUGUCAAGUCCGCGCUGGCACCAUUGUUCAACCACGGAGCCCGGAAACUGCCUGGAAACGCCCAAUCACUCCACCCACGCGGCGACUCUAUUGCUGCCGCUCCCCCGAGAGCUGCAGCACCGAUUGACAACACGGCUGCGAGAGUCCAUUGAUGGCAAUUGGCAGCAUCAUGUGCUUCGGAAGUAGCAGCAAGGAUGACCCGGAUGCGAAGAAGAGCAAGGAGAUUGAGAAGCAGCUGCGGGAAGACCAGAAGCGUCUGGCAAAGGAAGUGAAGCUGCUCCUGUUGGGUGCGGGCGAGUCCGGCAAGUCUACAGUACUCAAGCAGAUGCGCCUGAUUCACACCAAGGGUUUCUCAAAGGAAGAGCGAAAGCAAUGGAAGGUCACCAUCUUCCAGAACCUGCUGCACGCGUUCCAAGUAGUGUUCGGUGCAAUGGAGGAGCAGGAUGUUGAAUUCGCCGAGGAAAGCAAUAUCCGCUAUGCCGAGAUUGUCGCUGCAGACCCAGAGAUUGGGCCAGAGGACCCGAUGCCACUAGACUGUCUCAAGGCCUUCACCAGCUUGUGGCGCGAUGCAGGCGUGCAAACAGCAAUCAUGAAGGGCAAUGAGUAUGCUCUCCACGACAACUUGUCAUACUACUUUGCAGAUGUCGAGAAACUGUUCGCCAAGGACUACCUACCAACAGACCAGGACAUUUUGCGAGCACGUUUACGGACGACCGGGAUCAGCGAAACCAUCUUCGAGACGGGCAAUCUCACGUACCGCAUGUUCGAUGUCGGUGGACAACGAUCAGAACGAAAGAAGUGGAUCCAUGUCUUCGACAAUGUUCAAGUGGUACUUUUCCUGGUAGCCAUUAGUGGUUUCGAUCACGUACUUGUGGAAGAUCGCAAUGGCAAUCAAAUGCACGAAGCCCUGAUGCUGUUCGAAAGCAUCGCCAAUAGCAAAUAUUUUGAGAAGUCUGCUCUCAUCCUGUUCCUCAACAAGAUCGAUCUCUUCAAAGAGAAGGUUUCAACUGGGAAGGCACGCAUCUCAGACCACUUUCCCGAAUACAGCGGUAGCAACACGGAUGUCGACGCCGGAAUGCAAUUUUUUGCUUCCAAGUUCAGGAAUCUGGUGCGAGAUCCCGAAAAGGACGCCUACGUUCACUUCACGAAUGCCACCGACACAAAUCUCCUCGACAAGACGAUGAAGAGCGUACAGGAUAUGAUCGUGCAGCGGAACUUGCACAACCUGAUGCUGUAAGGCCGUGCCGGGACCCCUUUUUUUCGGUGCAGAUACCAUUCUUGUGAUACCCCCAAACCGCUUGGGCACUGGUGGCACCAGUGGCAAUACGUCUGCAGAAACGCAUGACGAUGGUGAAGCCUCAACCCCUGCUUUAUUAACACAGCGACAUCGAUCUGUCUUAGCCUCGAAGCACAGUCUUGCGUUACAGAGAGAGUUCUGAUCGAAUUCGACAGUUCUUAGACAGCAUGACGACCGUGCGAGCGCUUGAUGCCUCCAGAGGAAGCGCCGCGUAAUGAGCAAGAGCAGAUUGAUCUGCACUGAGCGAUGAUCGAAAAGCAUUACGAUUUAUUUGAAUCUUUCCACGUUUGCCAGGCAUUUUAUGGAGAGCAUUAGGUCCGCACUUUAGCAGCCGCGCAGAGAAGAGGAACAGUCCCGUCUUGUCUGGGAAGCAGGAUCCCUUUAUUGCUGGGUGGCAUGCCCUCCUACAAGCAUAAGCAGUGUUCCAUUCGAAGAAUGAUGUCGCAUAAGGGGACGGACUUAUCAUUUUUCGUUGCGCAACAAACCUAUAGAUGCUAGGGCCCAUACUAUAGGCCGAUGUGCUGCAAUCGAAGUUUUGAAGCCCUACUUGUAAGAUUCCCAGUUGUUUAUGUCUAUAUAAUAGUACUAGUACGCUUCACCCAAUUCACUGACUACGGGAGAAGACUGACUACGGGAGAAGCCGGAUACUACCCGCACUGAGGCAAACAAAGUCAUUCACUCGCGCGUGUGAGGUCGACCAAAACAACUUACAACAACAAGCUCACAGCAACCACCAGAGCACCGAAGCCGUGUGUUUUUCCGACCACACAUCUUGCGCUGACCCAGACAUCAUCCAUCAACUGAGCCGACCUCUUCUUUGGAAGACGAAAUCUGCCAGAAUCAGCCGCGACGUUUGGAGAGAGAAGCCGCACUUUUUCGGAGCAAGCUACGUUCACGCACAGCAGCAGUAGCAGAGACAGCAGAGACAGCAGAGACAGCAGAGACAGCAGAGACAGCAGAGACAGCAGAGACAGCAGAGACAGCAGAGACAGCAGAGACAGCAGAGACAGCAGAGACAGCAGCAGCAGCAUCAGCAGCCGCAGCAGCCGCAGCAGCCGCAGCAGAGACAGCAGAGACAGCAGAGUCGUGUAGAUUAUGGAGCAACCAUUCAGCGCGUCGGAGUGGAAACCCACGAAGGUCAGCGAGCCUUGGGAUAAGCCACUGCCAAAGGCGGAUCUGGAAGAGCUCAUCGUGAGACUCGCUACUGAUCAGAGGGAAAUCCGAUUACACCCAUACGACCCACGGCGAUGGAUUCGGCGCGCGCACACAUUCACCCUCCUCCGAUACCCCGAGCUUGCAGUUGGCGAUGCAUGCAAAGCCAGUCUGUUGUGCAAGAGUCUUCUCAAGGUGCUGAACCAGAAUCUGAAGCCAAACUACCGAUUGGGAGCCCACGCAGGAUUCUGGAUGGGCCAUGGAGAGCGAGAGGAUGGAGACGGGGACGAGGACGAGGACGAUGAAGUAGCCGAGCGGAUGGAAAAACUCGACAUCGACUCCGAACACCUUACGCAUCGAGUCCGAUUCCUUCAAAUCCAAAGCGCAGCCGAUAAGGUUAUUAUGGAUAACUUGGCAUAUGCCCCCAAUGCUGAAGAAGGCAUGUUCUACCCGCGGCCUUAUCCGUGGAUGAAGGCUGAGCAUUCCACGCGGUCGGAUGAGAUUCUUCAACAGGUCAAUUGGGAAUUGGCGCACCCUCUGGUGACUCCUCUCCCCGCACUGUUUGCGAAGAGAUAUGCCUUCGGGAAAGGUGUCGGGACUCGAGGAGGCGCAGAAUCAUUCGGUCUCUUUGCCCUACGAGACAUUGAAAAAGGGGAGAAAUUAAUAGUUGACCGGAGCAGAAUUUGGGGGUGCAUUGGACCCGGCAGUGGCGACAGCAGAGACUACGACCACGACGGCCUCCCUGCGGGCGGUAGAGCUUCCAAUCUCGACGGAGGAUAUGGUUGUGCAAAUUUUAUGCAUCCGAACCAGGUGGGCGACAAAGUCGAGCAUGAUUUGCGCUGGAUCCGCGACCGUCUCGGUAAAGACGCUGCUCAUACCAUUCUGCUCGCUCGCUUCUUCCUGACUUGCAUUCGAGACCGAAUCGACCAUCCGCUCUCUCACCCUCUGAUCGCCCGUUUGACACCCAGCUACCGCACCACAGCCUACAAGAGCUUCUGCCUCGAAAAAGACAUCACGAUCCUGAUGGAAGUUCUCCAGAAUUUCGGCGUCGACAUCUUUGCCAAUCACAACUUCGAUACAUGGGUUUUGUUCGAAAUUCACGCUCGCGUCAUCAAUAAUAGCUGGAGUGAUCCCUUGGCUACCUGCGUGAGCCCAUUAUUCUCCCUCAUCAAUCACUCUUGCGAGCCCAAUCUCAGCUGGAACACGGUCGAAGGCCACUCGACUCUCCACGUGGUCGCAAAUACACACGUGGACAAAGACGAACAAGUCUUUGUCGAGUAUGACCAGUUCCAGCACGAGAAGCCGCUCCGGGUGCGUCGCAAGAGGUUGGAGGAUUGGUUUGAUGCGGAUUGUCAGUGCACGAGGUGCGUGCGAGAAGAGCUCGAGGAGAAAGCGGCGGGCGAGGGAGAUGGUGGUGGUGGGCUUCUUUGGGGCCCGGGAAAACCGGUUUGGGAUUUGGGGGUGGUGGUGGAGUUGCCGGAGGAUGGGGAUGAAUAG